GCAGGGUAUGGGGUGGCCAUUUAUAAAUGGCCACCCGACCCUGCAGUGCCACCGCUUGGGUGGCCGUUUAUACACGGCCUCCCUGCACCCUGCUUGUGCGUGCUCCCCGGACACAGUGAAACACCGAUCGUCGGACGGGACCUCUGUACGAGGACCUCUGUACGAAGUCCCGAUCAUGUGAUCACUGAUUGGCCAAUCAGUGAUCAGAUGCAAAGUAGUAAGCAAGAUAUCACUUGUGACAUCAUUGCUUACUACGUGUGAAAUCUGUGAAUGAUCACAGAGGUCACAUGGUACAAGGCUAU